AUGGGUGUCUGUUUUCUUUGUGAUACAAAAUUGUACGGUGAACGUACACGGGUGUGUUCUAGCAUUACACCACAUAGUAAUGUAUCAUACCCAGAAAAAAUUGUUGAGCUUAUGGGAGAUGAAUUUGUGGUUAUUGUGACCCCUGCAGAUCACAUGUGCAAGAAAUGCACUUCUCUUUUGACUCAUAUGGACAAGUUGGAAAAUGAUCUGAAACUUGUUAAAAAUGCAAUGUUGUCAUAUAUACAAAAGAAAUAUGGAAUAUUGCCUCCAGAUCAGGCUGUUAAGGGUGUUGAGAUUGUCAAUGGACAUAUAAAGGCAGAGGAACAACUAGAACAAGGUCAGCGUAAAGUACCUAGUGGUCUGACAGUAGGAGUUUCUCCUACUGUAACUACUGCUGCUGUAGUUACUCCGGUCCAAACUCCCAUAAAAUUGAUAAAAACACAACAACAACAGCAGCAGCAGCAACAGCACCAACCACAACAACAACAACAACAACCACCACCAACACAACAAGAAAGCGCUAACAAAAUGAAAAUAUACAAGUGCGGCUUUUGUACGUUCCAAUCGAAAGAGCUUGGUCAUGUUCGAUUCCACAUGCGUACUCAUAUGAACAAAAAGGAGCCUGAAAAACCUAUUCUUAAUCAAGCAGCAGCUAAAGCGUUAACUCCGGUACCACAACAGAAGAAACGACUCUAUAGAUGUCAAGUAUGUUCUAGAUCCUUUGAUAGUCGAAUUAACUGCCUUGAUCACAUUCAGAAAGACCAUAAUCAGCCAACUCCAUCAACCUCAAAUGGAGAUAGAGAAACGGAAGAUUCUCGUCCAGUUUCAACCAAAGUUAUAAAACCGGAACCAUCCAAGACUCAAGAAAAUAAUCCUCAAGCGGAGUCUCCUAUGGAUGUGGAUGAAAAUCAACAAGAUGAUAAUAAAGGCACUGUGGACACGGAUAUGAUGCUAAAUGACAAUGUCGUCCCCGCUGAAGGAUCUGCAAAUGUUGAACAAGAAGAAGGAACUGAAAAUGCAGUCGAAGGAGAAGAAACUGAAAACUCUCAGGAAGAUAAGACUGUAAAAGAAGUUAAAUCAAAAAAAAAACCUGAGCCUGCACAAGAAGAAGCCGCUGAAGAAGAAGAGGAUGAAGAAGAUACAGCCGUGCCUGAACAGGAAGAAGCUGAUCAAGAAACUCCAGACAGUGUUGAGAAAGAAAUGGAUGAAGACAAUGCAAAUGUGGAAAACAAAACAGGAGACUUGGACAUAGAAUCAAUGUUAGCCGCAAUCCAUAAUGAUAAUCCUACUAACAGUGUGGAUAUACAAAACAAAGAUUAA